UUAAAUCAUUUCAUUCUGAACAUUGUUCAGCAUACUGACAUGAACAUUUUGCACUGUUUGAAAUGUCUGGUGUCAGCAACAAAGAGAUAAUGUUGCUGUCAUCAUUUGCACCUACUCUCUCUAAAAAUAUCAUGGGAUCCGUUAUUUGUCCCCCACCUCAGUUAUCACCCCAUCCUCUCCCCUAAAAAGGACAAAGCAUUGAAUCAAGAUUCUGUCUAAAGAACUCAAUUCUCAAAGUGUAAUAUUCCUUCCUCCUGUAUACUUCAUUUAAGUGUUAGUGUUACCUAAUAAUUCACACGUGGGAUUUGGGGACUAAUAACCUUCAAAAUUCAGAUUUAUUGUAAACAACCAAGUUAUACAGACACUUAAACUUAUCUUUUUUUAAAAUAUAAAGUUUAAAAAAGGGAUUUUUUUGUAUAAGCUGAUUUUGGUUUGUUAUGACAUUGGAAAAUGUUUACCUUUUGUAUGAAAAUAUAGAUAGAUGUAAUUUAUUAACUACAUGGAGUGAUGAACUGUUGGUUGUAAAAUAAAUCUACAAAGCAUGUGCAGUUACAAAAUGUCAGAUUUCUCUUAGUAUUUGGAUGGGAAGAGGAUAAAAACAGUAAUUGUGCAGGAUAUUUAGAGUUAUGUAGCAAUGUCUGCUCAUUGUAUAGAAGAUUUCAGCUGUAUUUAUUUAAGAAUACUCAUUAGCUAAUGGUUUUGUUUGCCUAAAAGAACUAAAAUUGUUUGUUUUGUUGUACCCAGGAAGUAUUUUCUUUAAAAUUGGAUUGUUUCUUUCUUAUCUUGCUUUGUAUUCUAUUUUUUUUCUCACUUAACCCCAGUUUUUGCAUGUAAGGGUGUCUCACUGACUCCUGCUGUAAAUGGAAUCCAUUGAAGUCAGCAAAAAGACUCCAAGUGACUUCAGUGAAAGUUGGACCGUGCUCAAAGGAUCUGAUCCAGCAAGGGCUUUAGGAUCAGAUACAGGAGGGUCCACCAGAAACCCAGCUGCUCACUGUGGAGUAGUAGGUUUAAAGCCAACCUAUGGACUGAUUUCUCGUCACGGUCUCAUUCCACUAGUGAACUCCAUGGAUGUACCAGGAAUUUUAACCAGAUGUGUGGACGAUGCAGCAAUUGUAUUGGGUGUGCUUGCAGGGCAUGAUCCUAAAGACUCUACUACUGUACAGGACCCCUUUAAGCCAUUUGAACUAACCAAUUUUAUAGAUGCCAGCGAGCUCUGUAUAGGAAUACCAAAGGAAUAUCAUGCACCAGGAUUAUCUAGUGAAACUCUGGCACUUUGGUCUAAAGCUGCUGACCUCUUUGAGAAUGCAGGUGCCAAGGUGAUUGAAGUGAGCCUACCCCACACACGUUAUUCAAUUAUAUGCUAUCAUGUGCUGUGCACAGCAGAAGUAGCAUCAAAUAUGGCCAGGUUUGAUGGACUAGAAUAUGGACACCGUUCCAGUAUGGACAAGUCCACAGAAGUCAUGUACGCUGCAACUCGACGAGAAGGGUUUAAUGAUGUUGUAAGAGGAAGAAUUCUGUCAGGAAACUACUUUUUGUUAAAACAGAACUAUGAGACUUAUUUUAUCAAGGCCCAAAAAGUGAGACGACUCAUUGCCAAUGACUUUGUGAAUGUUUUCCGUAGUGGUAUUGAUGUUUUGCUCACUCCCACCACUCUAAGUGAUACAAUACCAUAUGUGGAGUUUAUCAAAGAAGACAACAGAACCCGCAGUGCACAGGAUGAUAUUUUUACACAGGCCGCAAACAUGGCAGGGCUGCCAGCCAUAACUGUUCCUACAGCACUUUCAGAGAAAGGUUUGCCAAUUGGGCUUCAGUUUAUUGGACGUGCAUUCCAGGAGCAGCAGCUUCUUACUGUAGCCAAAUGGUUUGAAAAACAAGUAAAAUUUCCUAUGAUACAAUUACAGGGACUGAUGGAUCAUAGUCACACUGUCUGUCAACAUCAAAAAUCAGCCUUUUUUUCAUAACAGAGGACGUAGUGGUUUUAGUAGUGGAAGUAUGAGAGAUAUUCUAAAAAUCCUCCUAUCACUUUGUACUGUUUCAGAUUGAAAAGAAAUGUAAUCCUUCAAUUUAUUUGUACAAAUGACAGGCGGUAGAGUCUAAAACAUAAGUAUUAAAGCAGAAUGCAAGAGAGAAGCAGGGAAGCUUUCUUACUGUGUAAUUAAACUGAAGUGAGGACCAUAGUAUGUUCCCUGCAACUGUAAGAACUGCAUGUACAUUAUACCUAACAUGAAAAAAAUAUAUUCAAACUAUAAAGUGUA